AUGGCCGGCUCAAUCAACAAGCCCAAGAAGCCGAAGUCCAAGAGGACGCCCGUCCGCCUCCGCCACAAGAUCGAAAAGGCGUCGGCGGCCAAGCAGAGGAAGGAGAGAAAGCUCGCCAAGAAGAACCCCGAAUGGCGCUCCAAGCUCAAGAAGGACCCGGGUAUUCCCAACUUGUUCCCCUACAAGGAGAAGAUCCUCGAGGAGAUCGAGGAGAAGAAGCUGCGCAAGGCCGAGGAGGCGCAGAAGCGUCGCGAGCUCGCCAAGGCGGCCAAGACUGGCGCCGCUGCCGACGAUGCUGCCGACGAGGAUGAUAUGGCCGAGGACGUCGAGGGCGACGAGGACAUGAUGGUGGAGGACGACGACGACGAUGUCGACGAGUCGAACCCCAUGGCCGCGCUCCUCGCCAGCGCAAAGGCCGCCGCCGCGAGCUACGAAAGAGACCUGCGCGACAAGGGCGAUGACGAGAUGGACGAGGAUGAGGAUUCAGACGACUCGGACGCUCCCGCCGAGAUCGCUGUCGGCAAUGCCACCUCCCGCAAGGCCUUCGACAAGGUCUUCAAGAACGUCGUCGAACAAGCCGACGUCAUCCUCUACGUCCUGGACGCCCGCGACCCGGAAUCCACCCGUUCCCGCGACGUCGAGCGUAGUGUCAUGGCAGCCGCCAACGGCGGCAAGCGCCUCAUCCUCAUCCUCAACAAGAUCGAUCUGGUGCCACCCAAGACCCUGCAGGCCUGGCUUACUCACCUGCGCCGUUACUUCCCGACUCUGCCCCUGCGCGCCUCCAACGCCGCGCCCAACGCCCAGACUUUCAACCACAAGGAGCUCACGGUCCAGAAGACUUCCUCCGAUCUCUUCCGCGCGCUCAAGUCAUACGCCGCGACCAGGCAACUCAAGCGCGCCGUCUCCGUCGGUGUUAUCGGAUACCCCAACGUCGGCAAGUCGUCCGUCAUCAACGCCCUCCUGGGUCGUCUGAGCGGCGGCCGCGGGUCCUCCAAGGCGUGCCCCGCCGGUGCCGAGGCCGGUGUCACGACAAGCAUCCGUGCCGUCAAGAUCGACAGCAAGCUCACUCUUCUCGACUCCCCCGGUAUUGUCUUCCCCUCCGCGACCAACACCUCGUCCUCCGGCGGCCUGGUAAAUCUGAAGACCGCGACCGACGCCCACGCACACCUCGUCCUCCUCAACGCCGUGCCCCCCAAGAACAUCGACGACCCCAUCCCUGCUGUCACUCUCCUCCUGCGCCGCCUCUCCGCCACCCCAAACCUGCUGCAGAAGCUGACGGAUGUCUACGACCUGCCGCCCCUCAUGCCCAGCCGCACCGACGGCGACCUCACGACCGACUUCCUGGUGCAGGUUGCGCGCAAGCGCGGUCGUCUCGGCCGUGGCGGUGUGCCCAACAUCGGCGCCGCCGCCAUGACCGUCGUGACCGACUGGCGCGACGGACGCAUCCAGGGUUGGGUUGAGGCGCCUGUUCUCGCUGUGCAGAGCGAUGCCAAGGACGCCCCCGCCGCCGCGCCUGUCGGCGACGACGCUGCUGCGCCCGAUCAGAAGGCCAUCGUUACGGAAUGGGCCAAGGAGUUCAACAUUGACGACUUGUUUGCGGGCCUCGACGCCGCUGCUGCUGCCGCAGAGGACGAUGCCAUGGAGCAGUAG